UUUUUUCCCCCACUCCGCCCUGAGGGAGUUGACCUUCACAGCUGUCUUCCAGAAGUCAACAUUCCAGGAUAUCUCCUGGUCAGGGAGGGAUCACUUCCUCCUUUGCUUCUCCUGCCUACUGCGCGAGUAGUCUCCACACCCCUGAAGACCCCUGGGUGUAAGAGCUGCUAAUGUCACAGCUUCCUGGGAGCGAGUGCUUUCUCAAGCCCAUCUUUGCAAGGUCAUCUACUUUGGCACAAUGAUAGUUCUCAAAAAAGUGAAGCUACUGCUGCUCCUGCUUUUCCAGUUAGUGAUCUUCGCUCUGUUCUUCCAUACGUACAUCCACAGUGUCGGCUCCCUGUCCAGGAAGGAGGAGCCCAAGCACAUGCACGUGCUGGUCCUGUCUUCAUGGCGCUCUGGCUCUUCUUUUGUGGGGCAGAUUUUUGGGCAGCACCCAGAUGUAUUCUACCUGAUGGAGCCUGCCUGGCACGUGUGGAUGUCUUUCACAGAUAGCACCGCCCAGAGACUGCACAUGGCCGUGCGGGACCUGAUACGGUCAGUCUUUCUGUGUGACAUGAGUGUCUUUGAUGCCUACAUGCAACCUGGACCCCGGAGACAGUCCAGCCUCUUCCAGUGGGGUGACAGCCGAGCCCUGUGUUCUCCGCCUGCCUGCAACAUCUUCCCACGGGACAAGAUCAUCCCACAGGCUCACUGCAAAAUCCUGUGCAAUCAACAGCCCUUUGAGGUGGUGGAGGAGGCCUGCCACUCCUACAGCCAUGUGGUGCUCAAGGAGGUGCGCCUCUUCAACCUGCAUUCCCUCUACCCACUGCUGACAGACCCUUCCCUCAACCUACACAUCGUGCACCUGGUCCGGGACCCCCGUGCUGUGUUCUGUUCCCGAGAGCGCACCCAGGGGGAGCUCAUGAUUGACAGUCGCAUUGUGCUGGGGCAGAGCUGGCACAAACUCAAGAAGGAGGACCAGCCCUACCACGUGAUGCAGGUCAUCUGCCAAAGCCAGCUGGAGAUCUACAAAGCCAUCCAGUCCUUGCCGGAAGCCCUACAGCAACGCUACCUGCUCAUGCGCUAUGAGGACCUUGUCCGGGCCCCUCUGACCCAGACGUCCCGAAUGUAUGAAUACGUGCGGUUGAAAUUCUUGCCCCAUCUCCAGACCUGGGUGCAUAAUAUCACCCGAGGCAAGGGCAUGGGUCAGCAUGCCUUCCACACAAAUGCCAGGAAUGCCCUCAACGUCUCCCAGGCUUGGCGCUGGACCUUGCCUUUUGGAAAGGUUUCUCGACUUCAAAAAAUCUGUGGGGAUGCUAUGAAUUUGCUGGGCUACCGCCACGUCAGCUCUGAACAAGAGCAGAGAAACCUGUCAUUGGAUCUUCUGUCUACCUGGACCCUCUUUAAGCAAAACCACCAGACGGGCUGAGGAGGUACCAGCCUCAGCCACCUUCACCGAAUGCUUUCGAGCCUUAACUUUGUCUCUGUUGAGCAUGAGUUGUGCCCACACACACUCAAGCAGAAGAAUCUUUGUGUCUAUACUCAGGCCUAGGAAAGAGACUCAGGAACCUCAUGUGGGCAGCACAUCCCUGCAAUGCGACAGAGGUGUACUGCCUUUCUCCUCUCCUUGAGUUCCUAUCUGUGCCUACUUGGGAGACUUUGUGGCCUGGAGGCCUGUUGGGCCCCAAGCAGUAUCAGUGGAGUAAAUCCAUAGAUCUCCCUGUCCACAUCUCGCCCAACGGGAAAGUGGAGAGACAGUAAAACACAGGGAAAUGCAUCUGUCACCAAAGAGCUCCCCAGCACAUUCCACAGAGCCCUCAGAGCCCUCAGAGUCCCUAGUGGAUUCAAGGAAGGAAGGGACACAGGGCUGGCUGCUUACCUAUGAGGCUGCCCAUUACAGCUACAGGUUAUCACAAACAGACACAAAACAAUCUCUGGACAGCAGAACCAGCUCUGAAGAUCAUGGGCCUGAUUUGAACAUCAUUUCCCCUCAGCAUUUUCCUAUCACAUAGAAGACUUUGACCUCUGAGGCUGCUGUCCAUGAAUAUUAAAAUUCCAAAAUAAGAUUCUGUUUGGAAUGUCCCCUUUUGUGAUUUCUCAUUACUAGGAGUAAACACUUAUGGGAUCCAAACCUAAGAACUCAUACAGUCAUCUUUAUGGACGUUUUAUACCUUUGCUAUUAUCUAUUACCUGCAUAUAAAAUAAUUGCUAAGACAAUGUUUGGUGUCAGGUGAUGAACUGUCUAUAUCCUCUUAAGAAUUGGUAGAAAGUAGACAACCAGCAACUCAUUCCUUUGUUGUGUGAGGCAUAAAUUGUAAUAAUGCCGUAUGCAUCACCCUAGGGUGUGGGCAGAACUCCUGUACUCUGAGCCCUCAGUCAGAGAACCUCAGUUCUAGUGUGACUGGUGCUAUUUACCUCCUAAUCACCUCCCUUAGUAAGAAAAGCUGUUUCUCCCAGUCUUGGCAGGAGCCCCUCACCUAGUUGUACAACAGAAUCAUCUGUUAAAACUGCACAUUGCCAUGCGCUAGCGCAAAUCUGCUACAAUCAGAAUCUCCCAGUGUGGGGGCUGGGAUUCUGUAUGUUCAUCAAGCUACCCUCAGCCUGCACCGGGCAGCAACACCAUUCACCUUCUUGCUCCAAGACAGGUGACUUUUCAGCACAUGCAGAGUAUGUAUGCCACUUCUUCCACCUGUGCUGUCCUCAGGUUGGAAAGAAUCGGAAAAAGGUCCAUAUAUGUCUGGAACUCUGUGGAACUCUGAGUCCUGACUUUUUUAAUAUCUCAAUUUUUAAUAUCUUUAAUAUCUCUUUGUCCAUACCUGAGAGAUUCUGUCAGUUCCUCUUUCCUUUUUUCCCCCACCUUUUGGCAUGCUUCUCCAUAAAACUUUCUUGAUGUCAGAUCAGAAUUCCCCCACUCAAUUCUGCAGAGGAGAGCCAGAACUCCUCCACCAUCUGAGAUACUUGAGUGGCUACCUUUCCCAGCAGGGUCAGCUGAAGUUCAUUUACAUGUGACUUUAAAGGAGCUAAUUUGUUCUAACAUCCAAACCCAAGCCAUUCUAGGAACUCCUCCAGAACGUAGGAUCUCCCAGGUGAUUGCUUGCUUCUACUAACUUUCCAAAACAAUGUGACAGUAAAAUUCCCCCAGCAUUGAAAAUAAGGCUGGAGCAGCAGAUGAUGGUGUGACUGAGGGAUCAGAGAUAGACUCAACCAUCUCUGCCUCUGCCUGAAUUGUUUUAAAGUUAGCAACCUCCUUAGGAACCAUCUCUAUGUAAUGCCUGCUUGGGUCUUUCUCCAAAAUAAGACAAGAAAAGAGACUAGCCACAUGGAAGUCUUGGAACCUUAUUUAGGAGCCACUUUACAACAGAUUUAAGUUUCCUUUAUUCCAAGUCCUAGAUGCCCAAGGAAGCCCCACAUCCAGGAACCACACUCUUGAAGGAGAGUCUGUCUGUGCUCGCCAAUGGAAUAGCCACUAGCCACCGGUAGCUGUUUAGAUUUAAAUUAAUUAAAAUUAAAUAAAAAUUAAGUUCCUCAGUCACACUAGCCACAUUUCAAGUGCUCAGUGGCCAUGUGUGCCUGGCAGCUACUGUAUUGGAUGGCCACAAUUGCAAAAGUUCUAUUGGACAGCUCUGGUCUAAUUCAUUUUUAUUUGUGUAACAUCUUAUCCCUAACUUCA